UGUAUUUUCUUUUUCUUUUCUUUUUCUUCUUCUUCUUCUUCUUUUUUUUUUUUUUUUUUUUGCAUCCCACAUCUUCUUGCCUCACUUACACGUGUGCAUUUCCCUUCCUCUGGAGCCCCCGGCAAUCCUAGUUGCCCCUGAAAACUCCUCCAGAGUCUUGUGUGGAUUCGUAGGUCCCUGACUGGAGGCAGGAGGACCGGGGACCCAACCAGCCCUGAGCUGCACCUGGGUGUCGCUCUGAGGCCGAGGUUUCUUGCAAUGUUCAGGCACUCCAGUCCAGUGCGAACAAUCUGGGGAACUCCGCUCCCCGACGUUGUCCCCUUGCCUGGCGGAUAGCUGGACAGGCUUUAGCAGGAGGACGCGUGGGUGGAGAGUCCAGGAGAGUCUGGGGCUGUGCGAGAUGGGGGAGGAGAUGGGGAGCUGUCACUUGUUGCGGCUAAUAAAUAGUACUUGUCGCUGGAGCUUUGUAUUUUUAUUUAUUUUAAAUCUCUAGCUGUACCCAGGAACCCCUUACCCCCACCCUCGCCGAUCGGCUUGGAGCCCGGAGUAAAGGGGCUAGCGUGAGCUGCUGGCACUGCAAAAGCAGAAGGGUUCUGCACCCCAAAAUCCCAAGUCCGACUGGGUAGGUGCCAGAGGGGCGCAGAUCGGGUCCCGCUUGCGGCAGCUGCACCGGCUUUGCCUGCCCACAGAGUCCUCCCUCCCGCUCGGGACACAGCCCAUCGCGGCUCGUCAGCUACUUACAAAUCCAGUCGCUGGGAUUCCCGCCACUCCUCUCGGACCAGCCCCCCACCUCUGCCACUUUUCGGAGUCCCCCGCCCCCGUCGCUGCUUUCCGGGAGCUGCGGGGCAGUCGGGCGCGGAGCCCCGAAGCUGCGAGGACGCCUGGCUGCAGCUGCCCUCCGCCAGUCCGCGCCGAGCCCGCGCCCCCUGCCCCCCGCAACCCCGCAGCGCUCGCUCCCCGCUGAGGGCCCCGCUCCCCGCUCCCCGCCCUCUUCCCGCAGCCCUCCGAGCUCCCGCGGCGGCGCGAUGCAGCGGCUGUGCCGGGGCCGCGUCCUGGGCAUCUCAGUGGCCAUCGCUCACGGAGUCUUCUCGGGCUCCCUCAACAUCCUGCUCAAGUUCCUCAUCAGCCGCUACCAGUUCUCCUUCCUGACCCUGGUGCAGUGCCUGACCAGCUCCACCGCGGCGCUGAGUCUGGAGCUACUGCGGCGCCUCGGGCUCAUCGCGGUGCCCCCCUUUGGCCUGAGCCUGGCGCGCUCUUUCGCCGGCGUGGCGGUGCUCUCCACGCUGCAGUCCAGCCUCACGCUCUGGUCCCUGCGCGGCCUCAGCCUGCCCAUGUACGUGGUCUUCAAGCGCUGCCUGCCCCUGGUCACCAUGCUCAUCGGCGUCCUGGUGCUCAAGAACGGCGCGCCCUCGCCUGGGGUGCUGGCCGCCGUGCUCAUCACUACCUGCGGCGCCGCCCUGGCAGGAGCCGGUGAUCUGACGGGAGACCCCAUCGGAUACGUGACUGGAGUGCUGGCGGUGCUGGUGCACGCUGCCUACCUGGUGCUCAUUCAGAAGGCAAGCUCAGACACCGAGCACGGGCCGCUCACCGCGCAGUAUGUCAUUGCGGUCUCUGCCACCCCGCUGCUGGUCGUCUGCUCCUUUGCCAGUACUGACUCCAUCCACGCCUGGGCCUUCCCUGGCUGGAAGGACCCAGCCAUGGUCUGCAUCUUCGUGGCCUGCAUCCUGAUCGGCUGUGCCAUGAACUUCACCACGUUGCACUGCACCUACAUCAACUCCGCCGUGACCACCAGCUUCGUGGGCGUGGUGAAGAGCAUUGCCACCAUCACUGUGGGCAUGGUGGCUUUCAGCGACGUGGAGCCCACUUCUCUGUUCAUUGCUGGAGUCGUGGUGAAUACCCUGGGCUCCAUCAUUUACUGUGUGGCCAAAUUCUUGGAGACCAGAAAGCAGAGCAACUAUGAGGACCUGGAGACACAGCCUGGAGGAGAGGAAGAGCAGCCAAGUGGAGACCAGCUGCCAUUCGUCAUGGAGGAUCUGCCAGCAGAGGGUGGAAAUGGUGGGUCAGAAGGUGGGGAGGCAGCAGGUGGCUCCACUAAGCAAGACAGGCAAGAGGCUAGUAGCCGCCCCAGUGGAGUGUCCCUGCUGGUUAGGAGCCCCCAGACUUCAGAAGAAAUGAGCAGGAGGUCAUUGAAAGAUACUUACCUCGAAGUGUGGAGGUUAGUUAGGGGAACCAAUUAUAUGAAAAAAGAUUAUUUGAUAGAAAAUGAGGAGCUCCCCAGUCCUUGAAAAGGAAAUGCAUGUAUGUAUAUAUGUACAUACACUUAUUUUAUAUGGUCAAGAUAAGAUAUCUUAAUGAAGGACCAAUCUAAUUUAUGUGUGGAGUAGGGAAGGGAAACAAAGAAAGACUCAAGGGAACUGACAGCAACAAAAUUACCACCUGAUGAAUUAUUUAGGUUGAACUUAACCUGGGGUAUCACAGAGACAAAAGAAUGUGUAGGUGCUUUACAAAGUAAAGCAGCAAUUUCAGUUGCAGAGUCUUGGUACAUUAUUUAUUAUUAUUAUUAUUAUUUUGUCAUUAUAACCACAACCAAAUAAAUAACUGCAUGCACCAAGAAUCUUUUAACUAUUCCUCUUCCAAAGAUGGAGUAUACAGAUGUUCACAGCACAUAAUGAGCUCAAAGACUACACAAAGGACUCAUUUUGAUGCUAGUUACAACUACAGGCUUUAUGGAAAAGAGUGUGACAUUGAAAUGUGUGUUUGUGUGUUUAUAAAUAUUAAACUGAUGUUUACUGUUUUUACUCAUUUCAAAUACCAUGGUUACUUGAAUUUUCUUAGCUUGUUUUCUUAAAUAAGUGCUCUAUUAUUCUACUACUGAUAAAUGCAGGUAGAAGAAAUUAAAGUUAUUUUGAAAAUAUGAGUUCUUAGCUUUACUAGGCCAUGAAGCUUAAAGUUGGUUUUUAGUUAUAAAAAUAUUUUAAAAGUCAUUUUGGCUCCUUGCUUUAUAAUAUUUAUUAUUGAAUGUCAUAACCUUUUGAGAAAACCAGAUUUACUGUGUCCAAUAUUCUUUCAUGCAAAUGUAAUGGCUGAAAUGUAAUUCAGUGUUAAGUGAAGCCCAAACAGAAGUGAGACAAUCCUUUUAAUCCCUUCAAAGUUGUAUUGCACAUUCCAAACUAUGUUACAAGAAGAGGUACU